CAUUUAAUCCGCGCUGGGUCAGGGAUCCGCUUGAAUUGAGAUUUUGUUUACAACUGAACUGAAGUGUUAGCUCGGCCUGGCCUUGUUUCGGGCUGAUAAUUUUAGUUGUGUUCGAGGACAGAAGUAGACUGCAGUGAUGGUCUUUUGUUCUCAGACUUUUUACCAGGGUUACUGUGAUGGAAGCCUACCUUCUUCCAGAAGCACCGUAUCAAAAAACAGUCGGGACAGUGACACUGUAGAGUACAACCCAGUCAAGUCAGUAGAAGAAUGAAAAUGACUGCACAAUGAGAACAAAUGUACACAAAUACACUUGCAAGAUCAAGACAUUUCAGUCUAACAGCCAGCUAGACCUACGGCAGAUUAUGCACAUGUGUACAUGCAUCAUUAACUUCGUCAUUUUGUGACUUCAAUAGCUUCUUUAUUUAUCUUCAACAGUAACUGUUUUGCACAGCUCACGUAGCUUGUCCGGAUAAGAGAAUGCCAGCACAUCUGGACUGCAUUGUACUAUGGUGAUGAGUGUUCUUUAGCUUAGGUACACAUGACUUUUCUGUAACGUGCCGCUUCGCUCCAAAACUUACACCGCUUGAUAUUUCUUACGAGCAGAAAUAUAUCAACGACAUUUGUCCGACAUUUGUCUUGCGUGCAGUCAACUUGAGUACAGAACAAUUGGAAGGGUGAAUUGCUCUUUCUAGUAAAGUAACACAACAGACAUAUCUGACACCUGGAUGUUGCUACAAGAGUAAAAACCUAACUUUUGUCAUUGCAAGACAUGAAUACAUGAGAUCAUGGCAUUGGCAGAUAUAAUUGCAAGCAUCACACAUUGGAUUAGCAGUUUCCUAUGGGUCUGCAGUCAGCCUUUGUAUUGGAUUCAUUGCAUCUACGAAACCAACUACGAUGCUGUGUCAGCGUUAUUCUCCGCCAUCCUUUACUGUCUGUUCUACACAGCGAAGGCCGUGCAGUUGCUAUUGUUUGGCAUUCUGUCUAUGGUCCAGAUUAUUAUAGAUGUGCUUGCAAGUCUGAAAUAUGUCUUCCGUUUCAUUUCAUCUGCAAUAUUUGCGCUCAUCAAGUUUGGGAUUCAGAUCUCGCAAUUUUCAGUUUCUGUUUUCCAAAUGGUACUGGAAUAUGGACCUUGGGUGAUUGAAAAGGUGUGGUGUGGUGCCGUGUGGUGUUAUGCAGCGAUAGCAUAUUGCAUUAAUUGGGCUUUGGAUUCUGCUGGAGGUCUUCCGACACCAUCCAUGCUGUUGGAACCUCUGAAGGAACCUCUGAAGGGCAUCGUUUCAUUUUUGUACGAUAUUGUUGUGUCUUUUGGGAGCUGGCUGAUUACAGCAGGGAAGACGGUUUCUGAUGUAUUGACUGAAGUCCAGUCAUUGGCAUUUGGUCUUGUAACCGGAGCACUGACUGCUGCUUUGGAUGCAUUUCUCCGAUUUGUGGGCGAUUUGUGGCAGAUGAGGACCGCUGUUGAAGACUCAAUUAUGAUGGCUAAGGCUUACUCGGGCAGAAAGGCGGCUGAAAUAUAUACUGAAAUUCUAGAAGCCAGCAGCAAUGCUUUUGGUUCAUUUGUCGAUCUCAUGGUUGCCCUGGUGUCCACAAUUUCCUACGUCGGGAUCUUUGCCAUUGUCUGCCUUCUUCUUGUCCUGAUCCCUUUGAAGCUUUACAACCUGUUUGUUAAUGCCUUGAGGUCGGCCAACACAAUGAUGAACCUUUUCCACCGCGCAUUGUCUCGUGGUGAGCGCAACCACCUACGGCAACCACGAUACCAGCAGAACGUGGAACAGAGGCUUCCACGGGAGAGGGAUGCAUUUGAUAUGGACGAUGAUGAGUCGCUUCUAAGACCACGGCGCACAGCCCCGCGAGUGCCACAGCCUAGGCCGCAAAGCGCGCCACAACCUGGACAACAGCAGGUUCCAGCAAUGCAGCCACCGUAUGCCCCUCCAGCAGCCAAUGGUGCUGGCCCAUCAGGGGCGAGUCAGAACCAGAGGCGAGUCAACCCUCGGAGAAGCUCACCAUCUCCCCCAGCGUCCCACCCACCCGUCCCGAAGUCCACCACUACCAGCGCUGCCAAUGACCUUGCGAGACAACUGGAGGAGGAACGUGACCGUCAGCUGUGCGUGGUCUGCCAGGACAACGGCAAGAACAUCUUGAUCCUGCCUUGCAAGCACCUCUGCAUCUGCCUUGAGUGUGUGGAGGAGAUAACAGGCCAGCCAAGACGAGAUGCGAGGAAGUGUCCUCUCUGUCGACAGGCCAUCAGAAGUUACCUGGAAGUCUACGCUUGAAAUAAACAUACUGGUGUGAAAAAGGAUGAGAGAGACUGCCUUGUAAUUGUAUUCAUUAUACAGACAUCAUUUAUGUUCUGUGGCCGAUAUGGGAAUGUCUCAAAAGCCAGAACUCUUGGAACUUUCCACCAGGCAAAAGCCUGUUUUAAUUGGGAACAUGCAUUGCUUCCUUUGGGAACAGCUCGGGAACACCAGGUGUUGGAAUUUGAAGGGUCGGGGUGGUUAGGUUUAAGGCAAUAAGCUACUACGGUUCUUUGCAAAGUCUACUUUUCAUUCAUAAAGAGUUUUGAAGGUGCUUAGAACUCACCAACACCACUUGUCAGGGUUGCGGGUACGAGUAAAAGUGGGGAUUUGCACCUGUAACUUCCAGAGGCACUCCCAGAGCAAAAAUAACUGACAAAAGGAGACUUUGCCAACAAGGGAUGUUGACUCGGUUGGUAAAGCUAUUUUAUAGGCUUGGGCUUCAAAGGAAUCUUCAAUAUUUGUGGGAAAAAUUGUUUAUGUUGCACAUUUUAAGCCAACUGAAAAAUGCAGUCACAUCACAUGGUGUGCUAGCUGAAGCACGUUAACCCGAACCCCUAACUAUUUGGGGUCAAGUGAUAUAUUUCAAAUACCACAGAAUACUACAUGUGUUGUACCCAUUGUAAUUUCGUAUGGAAGGAAAUUAUGCAUACUACAGGUUACUACUCAUUAGUAUUUUGUAGCUUUUAGCAUUACGCGCGUGAGGCACUGACCAUAGAAAUGGCAAGAGGGGUGUUUCACAAAAAUGAGGUAAACUUGUUGAACAAAAUCGUUGGGAAAAUUGUGAAUUUUUGACCGAAAGGUAUUUAUGAAUGGGUUAUCAGCAUCCAGGCCAAGCCAAGCUCAUAUUUAUUCCCGUAUUAAUGUGUGUGCAUGUAAAUGGCUGUAAUAUGACAUUUUAUCAUGAAAUUUAUGCAAACUGUUUUUGUUGAAUGAUGCUGGUGGCCUGCAUGUAAUUUUUUUUUAUGAAGUACAGUAUAUGGUACAUGCAUAUUUCUAAAUGCUGUGACUGUUAUAAUUUGAGAUAGGCCUAUACAAACAAUGAAUGUGCAUAUUUGUGUUAUGAAAAUGAAGUAUUGUGAAAACACACAAUAUGUCUUGUACAGACUGCAAAGCUGUAUUCAAGUUUCCAUGUCAUCUUUUUUACCUUUCUGCAUCUUGAGGACAAACAUCUGUUUCAAUAUGGUAUCUCCUGACUCCUGCUCAAUGCAGUUAAGGUUUGGGAUACUGAAAUAUGUUUACUUUUACUGAAAUAUGUUUACUUUUUAAUUAAAAGUAUCAAUGUUUUUAUUUCAAGGAAAAUGUUCCCGUCUUAAGAAUAUGACAUUACACGUAUACUCAAUAGGUGCUGUUCUUACUUGUACAUUGUAAAAUGUUUACCUUUAUGAGGGAGUGGUUUCAUCAUCCAAAAUACCAGUUGACCACACCCCUUUUUUUCAACUCGUCUUCCAAUUAUCUGAAAUCCAAAACUGUUUUUGUAUCUUGUUUGUAGUCAGACUGCUGCUUUUUUCAAACUUACUGACAUGUGUAACACCGCAUUAACUUGUAGUCCUUUCAUUUGAUGCAUCUAGCCUUGAAUGCCAUGUAAUACUGUAAAUGUAAAAGAGGCUUUACAAUAAUUUCUGUAAUCUCAACUUUAUGCUUAUUGCCUGAAAUGACUUGUUAUCUAGCCACUUGCUGUUGGAUGAUACACUAAAGAUAUUGUAAUGCAGAUAGGAAGAAA